GCGUCUCAAGGAGGGCACCGCUGUCGUCCAACUGCGGCCGCAGUUCAUUGUCCCUUCACAAGGGAGAGCGGGAUGACCCAUCCCGCGCAGGGACAUCGGCCCGGCCCGGGCAGAUGCACGGACACGGACAGCGAGCCCCACCGCCCCACCCCGACACCGAGCCCCGAGCCCCGCUGCCAGAGAAGUUGGGAGCGGCGCGGGCGCUCGCCUGGCCGGGCAGCCCCAUCCCUCCCUGCCCCCGCAGGGCACGGGCAGCGCCCGCGGCCGCGGGAUGCCCGCGGUUCGCGGAGCAGCGGCGGUGGCGGCGGCAAACACCUACCCGGAGAGCUUCCCAAUCUUCACAAAGCUAAACACAUCCAUCCAUGCGGCCGGCUAGCUCUGCCCGUCACACUCACUCCAGCAGCGGCGGCGGCGGCGGCAGCAGUUCCAUGUCGGGAGAAGGUUGCGUCCAGCGGCAGCAACAGCCCUUGCAAAAAAGCAGGAGCCGGCGGAGACAGCGGCUGCUACCCCCCUCCGGCGGGGAGCUGGGCGUGCAGCAUCUCGCAGGACCGGCGCUCCUCUGCGCGCAGCCCUCCCUCCCCCUCCGCUCCCCCCGCCCCGCUCCCCGCCUGCCCGGCGCUCUGCCGGGGUGAGUCCGGAGCGGAGCGGGCGCGGGGCCGCCCGGCAGAGCGCUGCCCGCAGCCUGUGCUCCGGGAGCCGGGGCGGGAGGCCCCUCUGCAGUACCCAGAGGAGGGAGGCGGCCUCAGGGGGUGCUGAGGAGAGCGCGGGUUUAUCGGGGCGACUCUCCUCCCGCCCGUCCCGGCGUGUCCGCUCCGGGGGCCGAGCGCCGAUCGCCCGCUCCAGCCCGAGGCGGCGCCGCGGCCGCCGGGCCGAGCCCAGGGCUCCCCACAGGGCCGCCCGGAGCCGCGGGGCCGGGAGGGAGGGCGAGGGGCCGGGAUGCGAUGGGCACGGCUGCGGUUCCCCCGGGCAGGGACCGGAGCGCUGAGCGAGAGGGGAAGGGAGCCCUGCCCUCGCACUGGGUGCUCAUCGGUGGCGGACCGAAAUCCACUGCCUGGCUUCUGGCACUGUCCUGUGACCUGUCUACAGAUGCCAGGAAAGAGACCUGAACGAACGGAGUCCUCGUUGUGGCAGGAACAUGGCAAGGCUGGUUUGUGGUAACAUAAUUAAAGUUAAGCAUUCUUCCUACCACAUCUUGUGGAAAAAUGAUAAAUCUAGGGCUCCUGACCCAAAAACAAGAACAGAUACGUUGCCUUAUACUUGUGUCCUGCAUUAGGUUUUAAAUGAGGCACUAGAGUUUAGGUCUCCAUGAGUUUUCUCUGAGUGAGCAGAACAGGAAGGCAGAUGAAAUUCAAAUCCACACAAACUGUGCACUGUAAUACAAUUAUUCUCAGUAUGGGAAUGGAUUUUCUCCACUUAAGUGUUUUCAUUUGUGUGUUUGUUCUCUGAAUGGAUUGAUAUGUGCUUUACUUUGUGCCUUCACAGAGUUUCAGUCUCUUCUGCAGGCUUGCACCUGCACCCUCCCACCAACCAAGAACUUGAAAAAUUACAGUAGAGCUCAACACAUACACUCCUGCAGCCAGAUUAAAACAAUGCACUUUUUUUAAUAUUAAAACUUGUAUUGAUAAGAGAACAAGAAGAACAGGCCGUACUAACACUCAGUGUGAAUUGGGUUUCAAACUAUUCUUUAAAACAAUAGCAGCAAAGAAUGAUUGAUUAUCUAUUUAUAUUGGGAGAACAUUGAACUGCCAGCUAAAAAACACUUGCUGGCCUAGCAUAGAUGUAAAUGGCUUGGGCAUAUUCUGAAACACCAUAUGAAAUAUUUUAUUCUAGUGCAUCAAAAUAUUUAUGUGGUACUUACGUGUACUCUAUUUAUUUAUUGUUAUACUAGGUUUUUUUAAAACUGCAGAACCUGUGCCUGUCAUUCACGCUGCUCCAUUGAUUGGUAAAAGCUACAAAGAUAACACAGUUUCAGCUGGUUAGAAACUGAUUUAUUUAUAAAUCUGUCAUUAUUUAUUUAUAGACUGAGGAGAUAGGCCAGGAUCCUACAAAGCUAAAUGAAGCUGAUGAAAUGAUACACCAUAUAUAAAAUUAAGCACAUAUGUUCCAUAUCAAACAGGGUUCUCAUCUUGAGCACUUCAUGCUUCAAGGUUUCUCACAUAAAGGUGCCUUAAACCAUAGUGGUGAGUGCCAGAGAAAUGAAGAAAUUCUAAGGGGUCACUGGAAUUUCUGUGGUUUCAGGGUCUUUCAGUGGAAAGGCAAAUGUGAUCCUAGGAUAUACUGGCUGAAGUAUUUCCAGCAGAGAUAUGCAGAAAAGCAGAAAGCAUAAGAUCAGAAAUACCAUGCUCAGCUUAUUCAAAAAGUACAUUUAUGAAAAAUGAGAGCAGGUGCAGGAAUGUUAAAGGUAAUGAAGAGUCAGUCUUAUGAAAGUAAAGAGUUUUGCCUAGCAAAACAAUGACUAAGAAGUAAAAAAGAUUGUUGUUUAUAAACAACAGUAUUGUAAACACAGGGUGUGUACCCAAAAUCAUAGGCCUUUAUGAAAGUCAUUAAAAUUUGAAAUGAAGCUGAAAUUAUCUCCUUUCUGUGGCUUUCCAAAGAGAUUCGUGCCAUAUUGCUGUAUUUAUAGUUACUUUUAUAUUUUUGUUUUCCUAGGCAGAAGCUAUUGCGACAUUGCAAAUUUUCCAGAAUGCCUGUGAAGAUACUCUUGGACCAGCCAACAUGCUGGAGGUCCAUUAAUAGCAGUAUCUCAGGAGUCUUGCUCCCAGAUGUGAGACAUGAAAAGAGAGCCUGGACAAGUGUCCUUCCUACUGUGCUAAAUGCUGGUAACCUUUUGGAGCUGUGAAUGUGAAAAUCACGCAUGGGGAAGGAGGCUGGGGUAUGGAGAGUGAACUUUGGUUCAUGGUUCUUUGGCUUCUGCUGUCAUGGCAACUGGAUACAAAACUGUCAGUCUCAUAGUAAAAGAUUAAAAUUUGCCUACCCGAAGAAGCAAAGUGGUGGGCGUUGUUCUGUUUCAAGAGUGAGUGUUGAUAUGUGUAGUUUGGACUGGCUUUGAAGCCAUCAACUGUACAUUGAAAUAAUAUUUGUAUUUAUCUUCAUUUGCAGGAAUAUCAAUUAGACUGUGUCAUGAUUGCACUCUUGCACAUGCAUUCAUAUCUUUCAGUUACUACGGUGGAAUUCUUCUCAAUAACUACUAAAAGUUCAGGAUCCAGCCUCAGUUAGUCAUACCCUACCUUGUGGUGCACAGGUACUUAUCAGUCCAAACCUUCUCUUUCUAGGAAAAGUGACAUAAAUUGCCUUUUUCAGGUCAUUUAUUUUCUUUGUUAACUCCAGUGAAAGGAAGCACAGAUGCCUACCUUUGACUAGAGGACUAAAGUCAGGUGAAGUAAAACCCAUUUGAAUGUGACAAAGGUACCUUUAAACACCGAAUGAGAACAGGCAGCCAGAGACAGCAAACCAACGUGUACUCAGUAUCUCAGUAACAAACAAUAAUUGAACAUGAACAUUCCUAAUCUUAAAGCAGGAAUCUGACAUCAGUUCCUGGCUGAAUUCUUACCUGGCUUUUUACCUUUUUGUUAGAAUAGCAUAGUAAAUACAGCUUUUUGAGGAUGCUUUAUUACCAUGUAAUAUUAUCUUUUUAUUAUGCCUGGCCAGAGUAAUCAAAUUAGGACACUUAAUACUAAUGCUUUGUGUAAUCAUAGAUAUCCUUGUGUAGACUGUGGGCCAGUAAAAGCCUUAAAUUCAUAUAGUAUGGCAGUUCCAUAGGCAUUUUGAGAAGAAGGAAAUCUGUGUCAUUUUAUGAUGCUCCCUGUUCUAAAGGAAAUGGCAGACAUAUGUAAUGCAGACAGGAAUGCUACACUAUCUAAACUUUAAAACCAAGUAAUCUGUAAAACCAGUCACUGUAAAGACUUAAUUUUUUAAAAACCCUAUUUUUUUGGUCCUAGAGAAUCUGAUAUGAAGAUGCAUUGUAUAUAUCUUUACAACUGACAUAAAGGAACUCUUAUUUUUUUGUUCCUGAGUUCUGAGAUUUUUUUUUUUUUCUUCUGAGGCACUAAAUAAACCUCAGAAGAAGAUGAUUUGGGAUUUCCUGGAUACCAAACAGCACAAACAUUUAGCCCUGCAGGUGGACCAAUAGUAAUUCUUGUAAUUUAUAAGAUGCAUCAAAUUUGAUCCCAGAUAAUUUAAAUGAAGACAGGUAGAAUCCUAAACCAAGCACAUAAUAUUUGAAUACUUCUGUAGGUCUCACAAGUUUUUCUCUCACUGAAUUAAAAACUCAUCACUGUAAUUUAUUAAGACUAAUCAAGUAGGGUUUUUAAUUAUUUGGAGUCUUUUAAAAGAUACUUUAAAGUGCUGUGUCUCAUCUUCAAAAUGGUUUAAAUUCAUCAAGUUGGAAUGUUUUUUUUUAGAUAAGAGCUGAAGGUUCUAUGACUUUUCUGCAGCGCUUGAUAUUACUCAUAUCCAAAUGGCAACAAUGUGUAGAGAAAUGUGAUAAUAAAAUCCAUUGAGUAAGGCGGUGUUAAUACAUAGCUGGUGAUGCAAAGUUUUAAGGGAAAAUAUUAUGUCAUUGUGAUCUUCUACUUACAGAUUGAUAUUUCUAAAGAUAGUUGGUUAUGAUUCUGUCAUAAGUCCUGUAAUACUCUGGGUACUUGUAUUUUAAACCAUUGUAUUCUUUUUUUCAGCCUUGAGCCUUUGAAACACAUUUUUUUAGAAUACAUUUCUAUAUCCUGGUGCUUACCAACACUAUACAAUUCUAUAUAAACAUAUUUUAAUCCUUACAGAUUUUCUCCAUGUCUGUAUUUACAGCAUUAUCUAGAAGUCCAUCUGCUUACGUUGAAUCUGUGCACCAGCUUCUACGUGUCAUUUUUGGCACCUGUGUCAAAUAGAGUUUUUUCAGGACUAUUUUAUAAUGACCCAUACAGAGUGCUAAAUCCUGUAUAUUUUCAGUUUUGCUGAAUAAUAUAGUAUGGUGGAUAUGGUAUGUCAAAGUGCAAAAUUAGAUCAUAGAUAGAAAAUUUAAAUCACAGAUAAAAUUUUCUUUCUUGCCAAUUAAGAAAAAAAUCUAGAAGCCUAAAGGAUACUGAAUUGCAUAGAACAAUAUAAGCAAGAAUAUUGCAACGGAUGCAACAAUUCUGCUGAAGCCACACAUAUGUAAUCAAAUCUAUAUAAGCAGAUCUGUUAUCAAGACAGUUAAUAAAAACUACUGGUUGCUAUUAUGAACUGAAAAUUUUGGUAUUUUUUACUGAAAAGGCAGUCUAUUGAACCUGUAGCAUAAAAAAACACCAUUAAAUAGAAUAUUUGUCUAUGCCGCAAUACACAGAUGAGAUCAAGAUAAGGAAGAGGAUCUUAGACAACAUUUUCUACUUUGAUGAAUAAGACAAUGCUAAUGCAUUAGUUAUUUUAAAAUGAAAUUAUCUUUAUUAAAAAUUAUUCACUUUUCUGGAAUGGGUAGGUAUGAAAUAUUCAAAUCAGAAUAUGGAAAGGGCUGUUAUCUACAGUUGCUCUUUUACUGACAAAUGGAACCAAUUCAAGAAAAAGUUAGACAUGCUUAUAAUCAGCCCUAUUCAUGGCUUCACUUAAUCUAAAAUAUAACUUGAAACAAUCACAAAGUUAAGCACAUGUUUAAGUGUUGGUUGAAUAAAUAUAACUUCACAAAUCAUAAUAUAUAGAGAUGAACCAGAAAAAAAGAAAUUUGGAAUGCUAAUGUGCAAGUACCUGUGCUUAAAAUUUAUUUACAAUAAAAGGAAAAUUGAGGAAAAGUAAAAACUCAACCACCCUCUUUCUCAAAGGCAACCCCGAUUCUGCCAUCAGGGCUUUUUUCAUACUUUAAACAAAACCGACUGCAGAAUGAAAAAUUUUUGGCAACUUCAGAGAGUAUGAAUUUCUAAAUUAAUAAAAUGUUAAAAAGCAGGACUACUACUGAAGCCUUUCUAGUACUGUCUGCGACUAAAAUGAUCAAAUAUGUUUUGAAUUUUAAAAAUCAGAGGCAUAUUCAAUUUUUUAUUAAGAUAUCUUCAGAACCAAGGACAAGAUUGUUAUGGUAGAAUUGUAUUGGGGUAGGAAGCCUUUGUUUUUGCUUGCAGUCUGAAGUUUAAAAUAUGUAUUUUAUUAUUAUUCCCAGUAGUAGAUUCUUAUAUUAGUUAUGGAUUAAAAAUUUGCCAGCUUGUCUGUA